GUUGAGUCUUUGGGACGCGUAAAUAGGUUUGUUUAUGCAGCAGCACUUGUGUGUGCAUCCGACCAUCGCGGCCUCAAAGACAAGAUAAAUAUGGUCGUGAUAAGGAUCGAAGGAAUGCCUAUCGUAACAAAUAGUUCGAUAGGUCUUUGCAGUCCGUUCUUGCCCCGUUAAUCGUUUUGGGUCCGGACAGAUGAGGACUGAGUAUACCUUGGGAACUACUUUGUGUCGGUUAGCCGUGCUGCGCCUUUCUCUCACACUCGCCUGUGCUAGUCCGCCAUCUUGAAUUUUAAUGUUAAUUUUUCUUUUUUAAAAACUGUGUUUCCUGUAAAAUUUACGGUGCUGUUUUAGAUUUCGAAGAAUUUUAUGAAGGGUUGUUUUAUUGCACGCGUAUUCGAGGGCGACACCCGGUGAGUAAAAGAAUUCUUAUUCAAGACCCCAGUCUUCCCUACUUGAGAGUGUUUCUUCAUCUCAGAGACUAAAUGCAACUGGAUCAGGGGGCUUGUGGGCAUGAAGUGGCUGGGCGAAUCCAAGAACAUGGUAUUAAAUGGCAGACGACAUGGAAACAAGUUGACCAGCGAGCAGCCCGUGAGCCAGAGCCAGUCUCGGUCUCAGCAUUCACAGCGAGUCUCCCUGCGACACAACAAAACCCACCCCAGAAACCGAAGAUGUAGCCGUAGGUUUCAUGCAACCAGUCUUGAGGCUGAGAGGCGAUAUGUGCCCUCCUCAGGAAUGACUGCUAAGGAGCUCUGUGAAAAUGAUGACUUGACCACAAGUCUCAUAUUAGAUCCUUACCUGGGCUUUCAGACGCACAAAAUGAACACCAGAUUUCGACCAGUAAAGGGAAGGCAGGAGGAGCUGAAGGAAAUCAUUGAACGCUUCAAAAAACAUGAUAACUUGGAGAAAGCUUUCCGAGCGUUGAUAUCAGGAGACUGGUCCCGAAACCUUUUUCUUCACAAGACAAAAUCUCAAGAAAAGCUCUUUAAACAACAUGUAUUUGUCUAUUUGCGGGUGUUUGCUACUGACAGCGGGUUUGAGAUUCUCCCAUGUAAUCGCUAUUCUUCAGAGCAAAACGGAGCCAAAAUUGUGGCAACUAAAGAAUGGAAGAGGAACGAUAAGAUCGAGUACUUGGUGGGAUGUAUUGCUGAGCUGUCAGAGAGUGAAGAAAACAUGCUACUGCGGCAUGGAGAGAAUGACUUCAGUGUCAUGUAUUCAACACGCAAGAACUGUGCACAGCUCUGGCUGGGGCCAGCUGCUUUUAUUAAUCAUGAUUGUCGUCCAAACUGCAAGUUUGUAUCGACAGGGCGGGACACUGCCUGUGUAAAGGUGCUGAGGGAUAUUGAACCAGGCGAGGAAAUCUCUUGUUAUUAUGGAGAUGGAUUCUUUGGGGAAAAUAAUGAAUUUUGUGAAUGCUACACCUGUGAACGACGCGGCAUGGGAGCUUUCAAAUCCAAAGCCGGACUGCCUGUUGAAGUUCCAGUGAUCAACAGCAAAUACGGGUUGCGGGAGACCGACAAACGUCUGAACCGUCUGAAGAAGUUAGGAGAAGGAAACCCAAGUUUGGACUCUCACUCCGUAGGCUCCCACACCGAUCUAGACUCUCAGGAAUCGCCAAAAACACAUCAAUCUGCCAGAAAAAGAUCUUCUGGCCUCAAGUAUAAAAACAGGACUCAAACAAGACAGACUUUGUCAAGAGCCCUCACUACCUCAUGUUCAAAACAAGGACGUGUAAACAAUAAUAGGGUACCAAAGAGACUAAAAUCCCAAUCAAAGCCUUCACUAAGUAAAGUCCAGUUGCGGAGUCGCAGAAGGGGUGCAGAGCCCAAGGCAUUGGCCAAAGGUGAGACUUGCCAGCUGGGUCUCAGGGACUCAAAGGUGUCACUGUGUCAAGGUGUCUCCGUAAAGAAUGAGAAGGAUGGACAGGAGCUUAGCCAGCGGGGCUGCUUGACACGUCACGCUGCAAAGGAAAACGUGAAUUUAACGGUUGUGCAGCACGGUAAGGGUUGCCUCUCUUCAACAUACAGAACUCGCAGGUCCACCAGGACACUAGUCAAAGCCCAAGAAACAGCAGGUGGUGUCACGCUGAAUCCCGGUGCUAUGCACAACUUGAGCCCAGCCCCUGGUGCCGUGGUCAUUAAAUCAGAGCCAUCGGACAUGGAGGAGUAUCUCCACCACGGGAUCGGUUUGGAGCAGCCACAAUUAGAUCCCAGCUAUGGCCAAAGGGGCUCAUGUGCAAGACUGAAACGGCCGACGCGGCUCGGGACAGAGCGAACAAUUAAAUGUGAGGACUCGUACGGUGAGCCGUUCAUGCCAAUGGCAUCUGGUCAUCCCGCCAACUACUCGGACUGUGGGAAGGUUCUCUUGAGCUUCUCUGACCGGCACAGGGACUACAACGGGGUCGCCAAUGGCCGAAAAUCCCUCCGCAGGGACAAAGGUAAGAGUAGCUGUCGCUCACAGGACAAGGGCAAGAAGAAGCGCAGGAUCACGCGUUACGAUGCCCAGUUGAUCCUGGAGAACACAACGGGUCUCCCCAAACUGACGCUCCGUCGACGAAGGGACAGUAGUAGCAGCAAGACCAGCGAUCCCAACGAUCUCAUUGGUUCUUCCAGUCUUUCUGCCUCAUCGGUGAACUCUGCUUCUUCCAGCAAGAUUAGCAUCAAGUUCAGCAAGGACCACGACAAGGACAAAGGCAGUUCUUACAUAGCCAAACUUAAUAACGGCUUUGCUCCAGUCCACACUAGCUCGACAAAGCUAAAGAUACAGCUGAAGAGAGAGGACGACGCACGGAGAAUCACCCCGAUGAAGGCGGAUCAGGUGUCAUUUCACGGUGACGUGUGUCCGGGUUUUGAGGCUAGAAGUGCUGGACAUCGGACCCAAAAGAUUCUGGCAGAGCCGUCGUCUGAUGACAAUGAUGCAGAUGCUGAUGAUGACGAUGAUGACUACUUUGACAAUGAUUUUGAAGACGAUUUCAUUCCACUUCCCCCCGCAAAACGUCUGCGACUCAUUGUGGGUAAAGACUCCAUCGACAUUGAUAUCUCCUCCAGGAGGAGAGAGGAUCAGUCUCUGAGACUCAAUGCAUAGCUUGUGGAGCUCAUCACUCCUCUCCUUGUAAAUAAAGAAAACAAGCUAAUCAACUCUUGUGUUGAUGUAAAAUAAGUACAGUAAUUUAAAAAUAAAAAAUCUCCCAAAAAUUUACAUCUGGGCCAGUAUUCAUGAAGAUUCAGAAGUGUCACCAGAGAAUCCCCAAUUUAUAAUAAAAACUAACUUUUAUUUUGGCAUCUAAUUGGGUAUGCUCCUCAAAAUACACCCUCUCGCCCCAAAGCCAUCUUUGAAUGUUUCGAUAAAAUCCCUCACAGUGCUUAACAAAUUUCUUAGGCCACUUAUUACAAUCAAAUAAGACACCAUCCAAUAUCAUGGCAUGCUGUAAAGCAAACUUGUUCAACAUCAAUGAGCUUGUGAAGAUGCAGUAAUUUGGACCUGUUGCGUCCAUUUAGAAGACUGAACAAAUUUCACCUACUCUGAGGGCAGGAUUCAUUAUGAAUACUGGCCUAGAUCAUUACUAGAAGGGGCUGGUAACGUAAAACAAAUCUCUACUCAAUUUCAAUUGCAUUCAGUACCUAAUGUGAUUUUAUUUUAUUUUUUUCUUCCACCACUGGUUUACAUCAACACGUAUCCGUUUUACCAUUCACAGACAAUUUUAUAAUCAAUUGUCGUGGUUCUCACUUGGGAUUUUGAGAAUGAGGCCAACUGAGACAUCAUUCAUGUGUUGCAUUUUGUUGAUUGCCUGUUGUAAUGAAAUGGCCGUGUUGGUUGAGCCUUCCAAACCACAACCUAUCAACUGGACAAUUAAAACUGCAUCAAAGUCAAGUCAGCCAAACCACAUAGAACGCCAGGUAUGGUGCCUUGCGAUAGUAUUAGCCCCCUAUGAUUUAUUUGACCUUUUGCAACAUUUUAGGUGUCAAAACAUAAAAUUUGAUUUUUUAUGUGUGAAAAGGAUUUGAAAUUAUCUCCCCCACAACCCAUACACAAGUAUGUGUGUCACUUUUGCACAUUGAGAGAUGGAAAUUUCUGCCCAUUCAAACGUGCUAAACAUCUCCAGGUCAGGUCGGGUAGCUGGAUAGCAUUUGUAAAAAGUUGUUUACAAUUGGAUUCACGUCUGGACUUUGACUUGGUCAUUUAAACAUCUGGAUAUGUUUCGUUUUGAACCAUUCCAUUGGCGAUUUUGCUUUGUCAGAAGAUAAACCCUGCAUCUUCUCAAGUUUUUUUACAGACCCCAACAGAUUUUAUUCUUAAAUGGCCCUGUAUUUUGUUUCAUCCAUCUUCCAGUCCCUACUGAAGAAAAGAAGCCCUAGACCAUGACACCAAAUCUUUAAACGUUCCAGCAUCCCCGAUGCGGGACAGCUGCUUUGUAUUGUUUGCCAGGGAAGGCCAAGGCCUUGUAGCUACUUGUGAUACACAUUUAUAUUAAAACCAGAUAACACAUCUAAUCUAAUCAUCAGUCAAUUUGGUCAACAUUGGAUCUGUCAGAAAUCAGCCACUGGGGCUGCAAAAGAAAUAGGGGGUGGAUAAUUUUGCACAUCCUACGUUUAUUAUUAUUAAGCCUUAAAUGUUGCAGAAGUUCAAGAGGGGGGGGAUGGUUUAAUGCUUUCUCAAGACACUGUAGCUACUUUAACUGUUAUCAUUUUAUAUCAGAUGGCUUUCUGUCCUACUUACAUCCUACCCUUUUGAUUGGAAGCUACAUCCAUACAUAUUUUUGUUUAGAUCACGGGUCAUCAGCAACAAAUAACAAACUUGCUAAAAGGCCUUUAUGGUUGCAACCUUAGCGUGAUACAGAAAAUGGAUGGAUUGUAUUCAUGUGUGUGAAAACAUGUUCAUGAUUUUUCACAAUUACAAACUACACUUUAGUAAUGGAGGAAACUAUGCAACAUUUUAUUCCUAUUUUCAAAUAACUGACAACAUUCCAAGGUAAUCACAAUGCCCCGUCACUGGUUAGCUAUUCUUAGAACAAGGCUGCCGGCUACUCAUGCGAAAGGUUGAGAUCAAUGUUUGUAACGUACAUUUCUUUUGCGCAGUGGGAUGGUUAUCUUAGAAAUUCCUCAUUCCUUAUGUCUUUUGUUUGGAAGGCACCCCACGUGACAGGGGGGAAAAAAAAAUAUCUCCCUACGCUCCCCCUCAAAUUAUUUCUGUAUUUAGUAGUAGUUAAUUUACCGGCAGCAAAUGUUGGACUUGGUUACUUUCAUGGCAAAAGUUGCACUCGCCCCGUGCAAUUUGAAAUGCAGAAAGAUCAUCUUGUUCUUAAUAGUCUUAGUUGCAGAAUUGAAAUUUGAGAGAAUUGUUUUAUGUUCAACUAUUCCUUUCAGUGAGUGCACUUGUUAUAUUCAUAAUGGACAUCGAUAUUGUAGAAAGUGUACAGUGACUAUCCACUCUGUCUUAUAGGCAGGUUUUUAUUAAGCCUUUUUUUUUUCUUUUUCUCCCCGUCAUAGUUUGUAUUUUUUUUCUAUGUAAGAAACCAUGCUGACUGUUCAGUGUGGUGCUGUUGGUCCAGAAGCAUUAUAAUAUUGCUCACUUCAUUUUGAUUAAUAUGCCAUGUUUUAAUUACUGCAGUCUCUAAACCUGGGACUUUUCUUUCAUUACUAUCAGCAUUUUUUUUUGUAAAAUCGAAACGAGUUCAUCAAAACAAAUCUAAGCACAUGGUUUUGUUGUUCAUGACUAUUUAAAUGAGCCAAUGUUUCUUUUGUUUUAGAGCCACUCUGUAAUAAAAACAUGGCAAAUCAAAGAAAGUUGUUUUGUAUAUGCAUAAAGGUGACCUUGACUUUAAAACCUCUCAUUAAAAAUAAGUAAUUUACAGAAAGACUGGCUUAUGUUGGAUAAUCACAGUUGAUAUUUUUAAGAGCAGACCCUUAAUUUUAUUUUUCUUGGAGUCAUUUUGAAAUGCUGUUCAUCAGCACAGUUUGAGAAAGCACAUUAUCUCAAACAAACUUGUCAUUUUACCUGUAGUGCUAUGCUUUCCUUGCUUUUGAUUUCUUGGCUGUCUAAGGUCAGACUUCAACUCACUCCAAAUAUUUGUGUCAUUCUCACAAUUUCUGAAAGUAUAUUCAGUCCAGUAUCAAUAGGUGCCUUAAGCAAUUUGACCAAAUUUAAAGAUGAAAUAAUUCAAAAUGCUCAGCUUCCCUCUUGAAAUUGUUGCAUUUACUAGUCAGUCUUUCUGUCUAUUAUUUUUCUCCACUGGAAGUUAAAUAGCCCAAUAGCUUGAGGGAUCAACUAUAAAAAAAAAAAUGUUUACCUACUUUUUGUGUUAUGUACUGUUCAUAUCACCAGCAGCUAAUCAUCGUUUUCCAAUGGGCUUUGUCCGUCCCCUUUGUCAGAUUGUCUGCAUCCUACUACACUGUUCCAGAUGUACCAUUUGUGUGCUCUUUGUCCAAUAGACAGCUGUCAACUUUUCCUAUUGAUUCAAAGAGGAAACAAAAAAUGUAAAUAGUUUGCGAACAUCUAGCGUGUUGCGUGGUUAGUGGAAAACCUGUAAAGAGAAUUAAAACUGGGCAGUGCAUCUAUUGUCCAAUAUGUAAAUCACGUGAACACGCCUUGUACUUAUUUAACAGUUUUGAAUACUUGAAAACUAUAUAAAAUUGCUUUGUGACUCA